AUGGAUGCCGAAGCUGGUCUCUCUUCAAUUGCUCCACCAGUGUUCGAUGGAGAUAACUACCAGAUAUGGGCAGUACGCAUGGAGACAUACUUGGAUGCUUUGGAUCUUUGGGAAGCAGUGGAAGAAGAUUAUGAAAUCCCUACACUUCCUGCCAAUCCAACCAUGGCUCAGAUCAAAGCUCAUAAGGAGAAGAAGACAAAGAAGUCAAAGGCCAAAGCUUGCUUGUUUGCUGCAGUUUCAGCCACCAUUUUUUCUCGAAUUAUGUCUCUCAAGACGGCAAAGGAGAUAUGGGAUUUUCUCAAGUCUGAGUAUGAAGGAGAUGAGAGAAUUCGUGGGAUGCAGGUGUUGAAUCUAAUCCGUGAUUUUGAGAUGCAGAAAAUGAAGGAAACUGAGACCAUAAAGGAGUAUGCUGACAGACUUCUCGGGAUAGCCAAUCGAGUUCGGUUGCUGGGUUUGAGGCUACAAUAA